GGACUGUGGAAAAGAAUUCGUCAUAUUUUGAAGGUAUGACUUUCUAAUCAAUUUCUUCUGAUACAUUUCUGUAACGCUGUUGUGCGGGAUACAUUUUUGGAAAGGAUACUGAGAAGAAAGAUACUUUUCAUACGGUGACCACUUCAUAUCUUCGAGAGUUUCACAGAUCUUUGCUAGUCGGGUUAAUUGUAUCCCAUGACCAAACUAACAGAUAGUUGAACCAAUGAUGUCGAGGCGGAUGAAUCUCCUAGUUUUAUUUGCACUGGUAACAGCUGGGUUUUCAAAAGAGACCCCUAAAAAGGCAUUAAUCAUAACUGUUGAUGAAUCAAAACCGGAAGAAAGUGAUGUUAUUAUUUCAGACUUACAAGUCGAAGAACAGUCAUCCUCGCCUACAUAUAGAACAAGUGUACGAGCAUAUUCGCCAAAUAUUUUUCAUAAAGCGCCAGUUGAUAAACAACUAGGAUAUAUCCUUUUGAGCCCAGAAGAUUUUAAAAAUAUCCAGACUGAUAAUGGGGUUACCGUAGAGAAACCAAAAUACAUCACAUAUCCAGUUUCUGCGGAAGUCUAUGACAGUUCAAAAGGUGAUUAUUUACCCACUCGAGGUGCAUAUUCCUCGAAUCCUGGAUAUCCAACACCAGUUCGAACUAAAUAUCCAUCUCAGCCGGCUCCACCUCUGUCAUCGUUUUCGGCACAUAAUGCUAGCCAGUAUAAUAACGGUGGUUCAAGAGUACCAGAUAUAUCAAGCGAAUAUACAAAUCCUGAAUAUAAUCCAUCAAGUAGGUACAAUAAAGACACCGUUUCCGAUGGCAGUUUAAGAAACUCUCCUCCAAAUUACGAUAAUAAAUAUCGGUAUGGGAGCUACAAACCAUUUAAUAGCUAUCCUUCCUCUCAAACGUUUUCAUAUGGACAAUCUCAAGAAGAUAAUGGGUAUCAUCAGAAGCCAAGAGACAUCCCUACACCACAUUCCUCUUAUGUGGAAACUGGUGACUUCAAAAAUUCUCCAAAUCCUGAAUAUUACUCUAAAUCUACUUCUUCUAUCCCAUAUUCUAACGAUCAGAAAGAAUAUAAUCCGCCAAAAUCCGUAACAUACGGUCCAAGAUAUGAAUCAAAAUAUAAUUAUGUUGACCAACCAAAGUCGCACUAUAAAAGCGGACCGAAGUAUCCCAGUUCAUCUCCCUCAUAUGGAACUCUUCCUCACAGUUCAUAUGAAAGUUCAAGAGGUAUUUAUGAUGAUAAACCGGACACGUAUAGUACGGCAUACAGAGAUCCUUAUCCUAAAGAUACCUAUGCUCCAACAUCUUCCUAUAAGGAGAAAACGUACCCUGCUCAUAGCGAAUCCUACAGGGGUUCAUCUAAGCCUUAUACUUACGGAGCAUUAUCUGAUCCUUAUCUGACAAAACAAAAUUCUUAUAACUCCCGUCCCUCAUACAACACUUAUCCCAACACAGAUUCACUAAAUGAUGGAAGCCUGAAAUAUAGAACCUCACCCAAACCGUAUUUAUAUGAUGCCCCCAAAUCUUCCUAUCAUGAAGAAGGUGAACCUAAUUCUUAUGAAACACCUACAUCACAUAACAGUGAACCAAAAUAUCCUGUUUCGGCACACAGGAGCCGUUAUAUAACACCAUCUUAUGAAGGAUAUCCAACAUCAUACGAUUCUCAUGAUCCUCAUUAUCAUAGUAAGCCAGCUUCACAUACUUCGUAUGAUGAGCCUACUAAGAAUUUCCCUGAUACUCCAUUGCCUGAAACUUACGGCAGUCAUUAUCCCGAUACUACGAACAAGCAACAUUUACCAGAUAGUGUAGAGAAAUCAUAUCAUUCGAAUCCUGUUUCAUCUAAAUCUCCCACUUUUUACAGACAGUCAACUAGUCCAGAAGAUUUGCCACAAUAUUAUCAGUCUAGUAACAGAUCUUCAUACCCAACUUAUUCUUCGGAUCAAUAUGGUUCAACACCUACAGGACAUUAUAGCUACUCAGAUCCUUCACAACCAGCAUCAUAUAACGAUGCAGAACAUAUUAAGCUAACUCCGGAAGAUGCAACGCCUUCAUCGUACUCAAACAAGAAAUCUGCAAAAACAGCUUCCAAAAAUUCACUAAGUUCUUCAUCGCUCCCUUACAGUCAUGCCCAUAGGGAUACUUUAGAUUUACCUGAUCACCAUUCUGCCAAAAAAAAUUAUAAACCAUCAAGACCAGCUCCUCUUUAUGAUGAAUACGAACAGCCUAGAUACCCACCGUUGCCACCAUAUACAAAAAGCAGUGCUGAAAAAACCACCUAUAACGAUGACUAUGAUGAUCACAGUAAAGAACGUACUAAUAGCUAUACAAGUGGGGAAGAUAGUUAUCCACCGAAAUCUCAUUCCUCUGGUUACGUAUCGGAGUCUUAUAAUCCUACCUACAAUAAAGAUCAACAUCAAUCUUACUAUCCAGCAUCUACUGAAUCCAGUCAUUAUUACGAUCAUGAUCAUUCAUCCGAAGAAGCUGGUGUUAAUAUUCCCAAAAUUUAUACAAAAUCAGUAACAAAAUCAAAAUCAUACGUUGUGUCCCCAGAUGAAUCGUCGAAAGAAAGUGGUUAUGCAAAAGAUUAUUCUUCAGAAGCCCCAUAUAGUCCCAGAAGUUAUUCAUCAAAAGACUCAUAUAAGCCAACUAAUAAGAAAACGCGAGUUUAUACGACAGGUUCUUCCACUAACUCAAGCCCACACAGCUACGGUGAAGCACCAAGAUCAUCCGAUACGUAUGCACCUUCGAAACCUCCUCAUGACAUAAAAAAUUUUAAGUACUACACUCGUAAUGAUAAUCCUGGAGAACCAGCAUCUCUUAUAAGAGAAACGUUGCCACCAAAGAGAGUAGAAGGUGUAGUAUACAGAUCUCGUAAAAGGUAUUAUGAUUUACCUAAAAUCCAAAAGCCGGGAAGUUAUUUAUCCUACAUUCCUAAGACAGCACCAGCCUUUGACUACAAGGCUUACGAAACCGCUCCUAAGAAAAACUUGACAAAGGUUAUCCCACCAAAGACCGAUUUCAAAUUUAAGUAUAGUCCUAUGAAUGCAGAAACCAGUUAUAGAGAAGAAAACCUUUCAGACAGUUACGAAGAUUACGAAGAUUCUAAUCUUGCUGCUAUUCCCGGAGAAGCUGGUAAAGAUUACCCAGUUUUGAAAGAAAUACCACAUAUCCGGUUUUCCUGUGACAGUAAGGCGCCUGGAUUUUAUGCUGAUGUUGAACACAGGUGCCAGGUUUAUCACCAAUGUAGCGACAAGGGACGUGUACAGAGUUUCCUUUGCCCGAAUGGAACCAUCUUCAAUCAAGAAACAUUUGUCUGCGAAUGGUGGCACAAUGUAGACUGCGAGAAAUCCGAGAAGCAUUAUGGAAAGAACAAAGACUUGUAUAAACCAAAUGUGCCAGAGAAAGGGAAAGUGAAACAAUCUUCGCGCCAAAAGAAGAAAAUCCUCCGUAAUCCACCUUAUUAUUCUGAUGAUCAUCAAGGAUACGAAAAAGGUAGAGAUGAUGAUGACAGUACUACAAACAAAGAAGACGGACGAAAAAGGCGAAGCAAAAUAACUUACGCCUGAACACAGAGAUAACUAUGCCAUGCAUGGUUUGUUAUUUGAUAAAUGUCAGUUCUGGUAACAAACUCUACAGAGUGAAAUUAAGGAAUUGUUCCUGUGUUAUUGGAACUACGCUGAAAUCAUUUCUCAUGCUUUCUUAACGAGCUGAAGCAAAUAGCUCUAUUUAAUAACAGUAACGCUUAACUAGUUACAGUUUUUGAAGAACUGUUUGUUAUUGUGUGUUUAAAUCACAGAGAAAGAGAUUCAAAGGAUUCGUAUCUGGUGUUAGUUACGAUGAUUAAUUCCUUUCAGGACGAAUUACAUCACCAGUUUUAUUUGCCAUGAAAUUAGCUGCCAAUGUAACCAUUUUCUUGGAUGCAUUUAACAAAAGAAAUUAUUUUGUUGUAUCCAUUAGUGAAAUUUUGUAAGAUAUUUCAUUGGUAAUAGUAGCUAUAUCAUCCUUUGCAAAAGUGAGAAAAUGAUUGAUUUCAAGUGUUUCAGAUUUUGCACAGUACAUUUAGAAUGUAAAAAAGCAAAGGAAAGACUUUUAUAAAGAGAUACAAAAUAAUUGACUUACAUUUAAAAAAAGUUAAAUAACUUAUCAACAGAAAUUAAUAGUUAUAAAACAGAUUAAUCUAAAAUAUGAAACUAUCUUAAUUUAUAUAAACCUCGAAUUUUAUUUCUGCAUGUCCAGCGAGAUAACAAUAUUUAAAAAAGUUCCUCUUAGUGUAAUAAGAAUUUAAUUUCCGUCAAACAUUACAUCAUAUAAAUGAUUUUUAUCAUCAGCAUUAAGUCACCAAUUUCUUGCUUGCAUCUGGCAUAUGAUAAUCUGCAAAAGUGUUUAACGGAUUCUGUCCACUAAAGAACUUUUAUUCAUGAUAAAAUUGGAAAUGGAGGAAUUCCUACCUUGCCAUAUUCUUGUUCUGUGUAGAUAAGAUAUUUUUAUGCAUUAAAAUAAAUAUUUAAAUGCA